GGGACAAUCGUAUAUCGUUACGAUAUAGAUGUAUCGUAAUAAAUAAACGUUUUUUUCAUAAUCCAUUUACGUAACAGAUCUUUUCCACGUUUUUGCUGGUCCGUCAUGAAAUAUAACAGCUUUUCCUGGUACCGUGGCCUAUUUUACGAUGAACUAGAUUGACUUAAAUUCGGAAAAAUUGCCGAAUCGGACAGAGGAUUGUGGUUCGAGGGGAGGAUCGUAUUUAACGAGUUUCACCCAGUAUUUUUAAUGAACGUUCUUACGAACACUUGUGAAAUCUCACCCCGAGUUUUGACCCAACUUUCCUGACUUUGGUCAAAUGGCGAUUACUAGAUAAAACGAACAGUUUUCGCGUCAUUCACCACGAUGUCGGGACAGAGCGGAGGGCAUCGUAUACAAUUGUCCAAGCUCAACGAUCAGCUGACCUGCAAGUUGUGCGGUGGAUAUUUCAUCGAUGCCACCACCAUUAUCGAAUGUCUACAUUCGUUUUGUAGGAGCUGUAUCGUCAGAUAUUUGGAGAACAAUAAGUAUUGUCCGAUAUGCGAGGUACAGGUGCACAAAAGUAAACCUCUGCUCAACAUUCGUCCGGACCAUACUUUACAGGACAUCGUGUACAAAUUGGUACCUGGAUGUUACCAAAAUGAAAUGAGAUGCAGGAGGGAGUUCUAUUCGAAGCAUCCCGAGGCGUGCGCCGAAGCAAUGUCGCCAGAGGCGAGAGGAGAACCGACCGAGUCUCAUAUAUAUUCUCCGGACGAAUCUCUUAGUUUAUCGCUAGAAUAUUUUAGUCCAUCCAUGGAUGCGAAAGAAGUAGCUGUGAAACCUUUGUUGAGGCGAUACCUCCGUUGUCCUGCCGCAGUAACGAUAUUUCAUUUGCAAAAACUUAUACGAGCCAAGUACGGAUUGACCGAUGGACACAGAGUGGACAUAUUGUACAAGGAAGAACCACUCUGUAGCAGUUAUACAUUGAUGGACGUGAUGUACAUCUACCAUUGGAGGCGAAAAGUGCCAUUGCAUUUAAGUUACAGAAUAUUCGAAUCUUCUCCAAAACGAAUAAAACUUUCGGAAGACAAUGUCAAUUUUACAACGUCUUUACUCAAAGCCGGGAUCGAUCCUGUCGAAUCUAAAGAGGAUAAAUCGACGAGGAGAGAGUGGAAGGAGGUUCAAUUGAAGAUCUCUGAAACCGGUAUAAUGAGUAUUACGGACAUAACGGACCAACGAUUUAAGAAAAGGAUCGAGGAACCUAUUACAAGCAUUGAAACGAUAAGUACUUCAGCGAUCGAAGAUAAGACCAGUAAAAAGAACACGUCCGACGUUGGUAGAGAGAAUGAACGGCCCUCGGACAAACAGAGCAUCAGAGAUUGCAACGCUUCUUCGAAGUUCAACGAGCAGAGAAACUCGAAUGAAACAGACGUAAGAACUUCGUCGGAAGAGAUAGAGAAUUUGAUCAAUUCUAAGCACGAGGGCGAGUCGAAGGUCCGACCGAACAACAAUAACAUCGAGGAUAAAGCGAUUUUACAAAAGAUCGGUCAGUCUGAAGGACCGAUGGACCGUGGGAAUGAAAAUGAGAUUCAUAAUAAUAACAUUGAGAGGAAAGAUCAAAGAGAGCCGUCAAAAAAUAACAAUAUCAUCGCGGAAAGCAAAUUGGACAGUUGUAAGCACAAUGCCAGGAACGAGGUCAAGUCGGCGGGCACAGGGUCAAAAAUUAAUGCACUAAGCGUGAAGUUACAGUUCCAACCUAAAACUGGGCAACAAUUGAACAGUAAUACUAGCAGCUGGAAGAAAACUGUGAAGGACAGGAAGGCGUUACCGCAAUCUUCGAAAAAAUCAGACGUAAAAAUUGGUGAUGGUUCGAGAACGACGGAGAUGAAACAUUCUGCCGAGAUUGGUUCGAAACCUUUGACGAAUAAUUGCGGGAUCACGUCGGACAAGUCUCCGAGGCAGAGAUCUGAUUGUGAAAAUAUGACAGAGCCUGUUCUGUCGACGCACCCGAGUACUUCUGCCAAUUCUGAAUCGAGAAAAACGGAAACUACCGUGAAAGCGACUCAUGAGGACGGACGUUCGACCGAAACAGAAAAGAGUGCCGAGAAAAAAUCAUCGUCGGACGAAACUUGGACAGAAUCAUCGCAGAGAACGAAUGGACAAGUAAAUACAAUUCCUCAAAAAUCACCGUACACGCAAGUCGAACCGUUGACUAAUAAUAAUCUCGCGUCUCUCAAUCUCUCGUCAUCCUUAUCCGUGUCCGUUGGUAAUGGAAUCAAUUCUGCUUCUACGUCCAUGUUCCCGCCCACCGUUCAUCACAUGGUAAACAGUAUAACCAACGCAUUGUUAAAGAAUUCGCUGAAAGGUCGAAAGGUCGCCCGUAUGACGACGUCGCCGUGUCAGAAGUUGCCCGAGAAUCCGAUACCGACGUCCUCGAUAACGGAGACUCCUCUAGCAUUUACCGUACCCUCUGUCAACGUUUCUUCUUCUAUGAAAAAUAGUUAUCCAAGUUUAAGUACAAGUUCCUCAAAGGAAUCAGCUUUGAAGCCUUCGAGCUUGGAAAUGACUGGCACGUAUUCGGUACCUCCUUGUCCCGACGCUAUUCCGAUCUCCUUGAUGAAAUCGACCAUCCGUAAGAACGAGCUGAUCAUGAAAGGUUCGAAUUUGAAUGAGAUCUGCGCAAAAAUCGGUGCCUCCGGUUCGAAGAUCAACGAUAUUUGUGCCAAGAUCGGGGAGAGUUCUAAGGAAAAAAGUAAAACGGAAGCGAGAAUUCCAGAUUUGUUAAAAAUCGGCAGGAAGAAUGGAUCUUCGCCGAUGGCUACCGAGCCUAUCAAUAAACAACAUCAGCCCCAGCCUCAACCACAGCCACAACAACAACAACAACCACCACAGCAGCAACCGCAGCCGCAGCCACCACCACCACCACAGCCACAGCCACAGCCACAGCCACAACCACAGCUACAGCACGCGAAUGUUCCAAACGUGUCCGUUUACGCGGCUAACAGUAGCGCAGCAGUCACGGCAGAGAGCAAGAAUACUUAUUCGAGCGUGAAGGACAGUCGUAGAGCUACCUCGGUAACGACGUCGCACUCUUUGCAGAAAGUUUCCGCUUUUUCUAAGAAACACGGUCAACCGAUCGGCUACAAGACUCUGCGCGACCCCCCAAAAUGCUGGAAUCCUAUACUCAGUAAAAGCAAUUACAUAACUGUUAAAAAUCAGAAUAGAGCGGCGCAAAAUCAGUUGCAUCAAUCUGCGCUCUUCGACGGGAAAACGAUCCAGUCUAAACCCGCGAAGAUCUUCAAGAUGAGGAACAUGCCGAGAUACUUGGGCAACCCAGCCUCCGGCGUGAAACCGAUGUACGGGAUCGGGAACGAGUCGAAAGAGAAGGAACAGUUGACCAUGGCAUCGACGGCGACAACGAAUACGUCUACCAGUUCGAAGAACGGGAGCACGAGCAUGAUGAAGAUAGAUCCUAAAACCUUGUCUCCGAUCGUGUCUACCGUGAACUCGCCCAUCGUCUCGCCACCCCCGUACUCUCCCAGUGCGAGGAACUAUUCGAGCUCUUCGUUCUCGAGGGACAUUUGUAGAAGCACCGGUUCACCGAUAUCUCCGAAAAACUCUCCAGUGAACAUGCUCUCGACGAGUCCCUUCAUACCGUCGCCGACACCAAAUAUCAAUCCUAGAUUAAUUUACACUCAUUUCCCUCCGCCGUUCCCGGACGCCAGGUUUCCGAAUCCGCUGAUACGUCCGCCGAUAGGAAUCUCGUCCCCCAGUGCCUUCCACAGUAGUUUACCUCCCUCGAUUAACAACAUAUAUCAACGAUCUAGUUAUAUCCCGCAAACUACCGGCUUCUCCUCGGUCUCGCAACAACCCCCGACAGUUCAGAGAAUACCACCAAGUACAUACUCCUCGCCUAAGUCAUCUAAAACUACCUCUCUAACGGCUAUCUCUCCCGCAUCUUAUAGCAUGGUCAAAUCCGAAACGCAAACGGUCGCGACGACGUCUCUCGAGACCAAUAAGGUACAUCUUCCGGAGAAAGCGUCCCAGGAAGAUGUAAGUGCAUUUAAUUUAUCUAAGACUGGAACUUUUUCUAACGCCGAUAUCCCGAAAUCGGAGACGGUCAGAAAUUCGAGAUCGACGCCUCUGUCGCCCACCACGAGUGGACAGGGUAAGAAUCCGGUGACUGCUAGUCCGAAAAAGUCAGAAACUCCUCCCGCGGUAACGGAUCAGGAUCGGGGCAAAGAGCGUACCGAGAAAGAGGCCAACUGUAAAGAACAGAAUUCUUCGGAGGGACAGAACACGGAGAAGAGUCGAAAGGACGGAAAAAGUGACGAUGUAAUUAAAACGGAGAAGUCCGAUGCCCGAGUCAACGGAGAUCUCACCGACGAAAGCAAAGAAGAAACGACGUCGUCGGCGCCGUCGCCGUCGACGACGACAACAACGACGACGACCACCACCACCACCACUACCACUACUACCACGACCACCACCAUGACCACGACUACGACCACGACGACGAAAGAUAAGGUCGCGGAGGAGCGGAGCGAACAGAAUGAAACGAAAGUGACAGAGGGAAAAGUUCCAGUAGAGGAGAAAGAGGCACCCAAAAGUGUAAAUGAGCAGACUAAGGGACAGCAAAACAAUUCUGAAACUAAGAUCGACCAGGUGGAAACAUAAUUUUUGCAUAAACUCAUUCUAACUCGUACGAUUCCGCGUAUAAUACGAAACGUACGUGCUCUACUUCAUUUCGCGCGAUAAAUCCCCGUCGCACGUUGCAAUUCUUCCCACGCAUAUUUCACGAUAUUCCAAUUUUUCCAUAAUGAAAGAAAUGCACGUUGUUAUUUGAAUUAUUACAAUUAUUUAAGUAGCAACGCAUUGAACAUAUUAUUGAGACGUGCAUGUAUAAUAUGUUCAAUGCAUCGUCGAUAUGAAAUCUUUUUUAAUUUUACGAUAAAGAAUCGUGGCGAUUAGAACCGCGCGGCAUUGCUCGAUUUGAAUAAGAAGCUCGCUAUUACUCGACGUUACAUCCGGUCUAAGGACCGUGCAAGACAUGGCAAGAAUUACUAUAUAAAUAAAAUAUUGGGAUAACUGUUGCUUAUGGAUCAUCUGACGAAUGUUAUCAGACAUUUUCACACCGAUUUGUUAGUUCGCAGUAUUUAUCGUAUCUACGAGCAAAUUCUAUUAUCCGUUUCUUAAUGUAUCUUACAAUUUAGUCAACUAGAUGUCUAACCAAAGCCUCGAGAAUUAGUAUCUAACGUUCCACAUAGAUUUAGUUGCGACACAGUCUUCUUCGAUUGGCUCAUUUUCCCGUACGCCCUUUUUUUCUUAAUAAAAGAAAAAGAAGAAAAAAGAACGAAACAACUAUAGAAAAAUCCGAGGCCUUAUCACAGUAAUCUUGUAAUAUAAAGUAAUAUUAGGGUAUCGAGAGCGAGGUGAUCGUCGUUGUUAAAUGAGGAAAAAAAAGUAUUACAUUAUAAGUGAUUUCUCUCUUUCCAGCUUGAUCAGUUAACGAUUCUAUAUACGUAUGUAAGUAUGUGUGUAUGUAUGCGCAUCGAUGGGUUUCAUCGCACCGAAUUAUUAAAGAUAACACGCAUGGAUUCUGUACAAGAAUCCGCUCUUAUAAUUUUGAAUAAGCGCUGGAAAGAAAGGAAGAGUUUAUUGUAUAGAAAUGAAAAUUUUUAAUAUCGGACGACCUUUUUUUCUUUUCAGAUAAAUUUACUUGUAAAUAGUGUAAAAUGUUUCAAAGAAAUCUAUAUAUAUAUUAUAUAUAUAUCACGUACUAGGUAUAUUAAAAAAGAAUUAUCGAUUAUUAAUAUAAUUUAACACUCAUAUUGUUAGGAGUUAAGGAUGUAACGAUAGUAUUUUUUUGUCUAAUACGAGGAAGCAAUUUUUAGGGAAACCGCCUGAUCGUAGAGCAAAAAACGACGUAUUUUUAAUAAGUUAUUAGUUGUGUGCGCGCGCGACUCUUUUGUAUACAAGGUGUACCUGAAUGAGCGAGCGAAUGGGAAGCUGAGAAUAUGUAUGUACAAGCUUCGUGCGAUGCAAAGUUCAACGCCAUUUGGAAUCCACUGAAUGGGCCGAGAACAAAGUUUUUUUUGAGAUGGUUUAUUUAUGAAAGAAACGUUGAUCGUAGUUUUCUUUUUCCUCUUUUAAUUCGUGUACGUGUUCUGUACGCAUGCCUCGGUGUGUACGCGCGCGCGUUAACAAUACGGUAAUAAUAACUACGUCAAGUAGCUGAUGUUCUUUUAAUUAUAAAAAUAUAGUUGAUUAUAUACUUUA